AUGAUUAAUCGAUUGUAUGAUUCAGUCUCUUUUGUUCACAAAUUUUACCUACGAAAGAGUUCGACAAACUCCGAAACGAAACAAUAUGAUUGUCAAUGUGUGAAUAGUCUGAAUUUGGAGACACGCAAACCAAUAGUAAAACUGAAAGUGAUCGCCUUUUCACUUCAACGCAUUAUUACAUUGAGCGAUAAUGUUAUUCAAGUGCUUAAUAGCAUCAAUUUGCAAAUUAUACAAAAUAAAAGAUUGAAAAAUAUCGUCACUUUCGCAAUUUCCAAUCAAUCGAUUCAAGGCGCAUCUGUUGACAUGUGCACGUCAACUAAACGCAAUAAAAUACAAAUCUAUCGACUUGACCGAGCAGAUAUUAAUUUAAAACAAGAAAUAUCCGUUCCUGAUCUAAUUAUAUCUUUGACUAUGGAUGAAUGCGGUAUACUAGCGUGCUCAGAAACAAACUACUAUGGUUACAUACCUUCAGCGAAUAAUGAGAGACGAUCAACGAAUUCUCUACGUACUAUAUUUACUUUGAAUGAUGCAAGCAUUCGUGCUUGUUUCACAAAUAUUUCACCAGGCGAAUAUCUUCUGAAUGGCCCUAGUAUUGGUGUUCCAACUACUCUAGAGGGUACAAGUGAACGUGCACCAAUUAUGUUUGUUAGUCAGCCGUAUAGCUUUACUUAUUCCCAUCCAUAUCUAAUCGUACUUGUCGAUGAUCAUCUUCAGAUCUAUAGUUAUUUAGACGAUCAAUUAGUACAACAAAUUUCCUUGAAAAACUGUCGAACUGUAGUAAACAUUCCUGAAGAAAAUCGUAAUACGUUGUUACUCCAUAACAAAGAUACAAUCUAUCUUGUGGAAUCUUCCAAUAUCGAAGAGCAGAUCGAUCAAUUAUUAAACUCCUAUCGGUUGCAAGAAGCGUUAGCAUUAGCUGAGAGUACUUGUCCAUCAAACGAAAGCCGUCAAAAUAAUUCAUUAGUACGAUCAACUAAAACACGUAUCGGCCUCAUUGAAUUCGCGGCGAUGAAUGUCAUUCGAGCAUUGUCUUUAUUCGAUGAAGUGCGUCUAGAUUUUCAUGAAAUUAUGAUUAACAUUCCGAAUUUCUUACCAUUGAAAUCUGCAUGGCCAGAGCUGGAUGAAAGUAAUCGAAGUCAGUAUGUUCAAUGGCUCACGGCCUUUUGUGACUUCAUGACAAAACGAGCCGACGAAUUCUCUCAUCAACCUGAUUAUUAUUCAUCGUUAUUGAAAGCCUAUCUAGUCAUUAAGUCGCGCGACAAAAUCAUUCAGUUCCUUGAAACACAUGCAGCAUCGAUUCCUUUGGAUUAUGAUCAUCUACUUUUCAACGCCCGACUUUAUCAUGGCGCAGCAAUUGUCUAUUCGGCACAUGAUAAACACGAACAAACGUUGGAUAUUUGGAGAAAAAUUGUGCUGAAAGAAUAUCCUGUUGAUGAUGAGACAUUUCCAGGCAUUUGGAUCAUAGCUAAAUAUGUUCUCGAAAGAGAUAUCGAUCGCGCAGUGGAAUUCUCUAUUGCGAAAUGGUUACUCGAACAAAAUGAAGAAGAGUCAGCAAUCAAAAUCUUUAUUGCCAAACAUGAAAAUGAAUCGAAUAGUGAUAUUUUUUGCUCAGAUCGAGUGAUUAGUUUAUUAAAAUCGUAUCCAACGGCGUUGAGGAGUUAUCUCGAACAAGCAGCAUUUAAAUUAAUGAUUGAAAGCAAUGAUAUUCAUACUGCAUUGGUGAAUAUUUAUCUGGAUCAGUUGUUAUCAAAAUCUCAGGACAAUAAUGAAUAUACACGAUCGAAGCUACAAGAGUUUCUUAUCAAGUCCAAUUCCUAUCGUAUCCAAUCUGUGCUCAGUCGCAUCAAUCAAACGAACAAAUUAAAGCGCGAAGUAGCUCUACUCUAUGGAAAAAUGAACAAUUUCGAACAAGCAUUUCAAAUUCUUGUCAAUGAACUAGAAGAUUUUGAAUAUGCAGAAAAAUAUUGCAUUGCUUUGUCGAAUGGUAAAUGCAGUGAAGAUCGAAAAAUAGUUGCACAUGUCCUAUUUCGAAUCUUCCUUACAUCAUUAGACAAAAAUCCUGAACAAAUAACAGUCGUGCUUCUUCGUCUUCUUUGUAAUAACGAAAUCGAAUUCGAUUUUCUCGAAGUUUUAAAACGCUUACCAUCAAAUUGGUCGAUAGCAUCGAUCACCGAUAUUCUCAUACGUGCCGUUCGAACCUAUUCUUACACUCAACGCUCAACGAAACUCGAAUUAGCUUUAAAUCGCGUACAAAACGAGAACCUAUCAGUCAAAUUAACGAAAUUAAAGUGCGCGAAUAUCACUGUGAACGAAUAUCGACGAUGUAAACAUUGUCUACAUCAAUUUUACGAAACCUCGUGUGUAGUCUAUCCCGAUGGCAGCCAAGUUCAUGUUCACUGUGCCAAACAAAUGCAUAACUAA